AACCACACCUCUAUAUAACCCUUCCAAAAUCCCUUUCCCACAUCACAAAGAGACAAUUUUCAACUUAUACAUGGCCAUGCCCACCAACCCUUCUUCCAACAUCUCUUUCCUCCUUCUCUUCCUUCUCCUACACUUUCAUUUGGGCAAAAGCGAACUUGAGGUGAAUUACUACUCGAAAAGCUGCCCCAAAGCAGAAGACAUCAUCAAGCAACAAGUCACGCAACUAUAUAACAAGCAUGGAAACACUGCUGUGUCGUGGGUUAGAAAUCUCUUCCAUGAUUGCAUGGUCAAGUCAUGCGACGCAUCACUACUUUUAGAGACGGUGCCGAAUGGAGUAGUGUCGGAGAAAACGUCGUCUCGAAGUUUUGGGAUGAGAAACUUCAAAUACGUAAACACCAUCAAAGCCGCGGUUGAACAAGAAUGUCCCUCGACAGUGUCAUGCGCUGACAUUGUUGCUCUUUCUGCUAGAGAUGGCAUUGCCUUGUUGGGAGGACCAAGCAUUGAAAUGAAGACAGGGAGAAGGGACAGCAAAGAAAGCUAUGUAACGGAGGUGGAGGACUCCAUUCCAAAUCACAAUGAUUCCAUAUCCUUAGUGCUGUCUCGUUUUCAAGCCAUUGCCAUUGACGUUGAAGCCACAGUCGCUCUUUUAGGAGCUCACUCAGUGGGAAGAGUUCACUGCGUGAAUCUAGUUAAGAGACUGUACCCCACAGUGGACAAGACUCUAGACCCUACACACGCAGAGUACCUGAAGCGCCGGUGUCCAACACCGAAUCCUGAUCCAAAGGCUGUGAUGUAUUCGAGGAACGAUCUGAAAACGCCCAUGAUCAUUGACAACAACUACUACAAGAACAUUUUGCAGCACAAGGGUCUUCUCUCUGUGGAUGAACAAUUGGCCACUGACCCAAGAACCGCACCCUAUGUCCAAAAGAUGGCCAACGACAACGAAUAUUUUCACCAACAGUUCUCAAGGGCCAUUCUCUUGUUGUCGGAGACCAAUCCUAUUAGCGGAGAUCAAGGAGAAAUCAGAAAGGAUUGUCGCUACCUUAAUGCCAAUUAGAUACAUCUAUAACCUUGCCUUUUCUGCAUCAUACUUAUCAUAUAUACAUUAUAAUAAUGCACCACUGUGGAUCAAAAUAAAAGGGUCAAACUUUAUAAGAAAUAAAUGCGUGGGAGGAAGUGGGCCUGGGUUACCAUAAUGCCAUUGGGCCUACUGUUUGCUUUUGGGUAGAGCAUUGCUCUUGCUAAGAUGUUGUUCACAGAUAUAUAUGUUACUCCAGAUAACAGCCCAACAUGUUAAAAGUUUCUUUUGGGUGUUUCUUCUUCGUUGUCAAUGACUCAAUGCUUAUGUAUGCUCCUUUGUCGAGUUAGACUUAUAUGGAUAAACUUGAAGUAGUUUUCUUAUGUAA